UGUGUUUAUGCUUCUUCUUCAAUGCAUGAUUUAAGUCCAAAUUUUAUUAAUCAACAACAACAGCAACAACAACGAAUGGACAACAACAAUAAUAAUAUGGACAAUUUCUGUUGGCAUAUUUAUAAGCAGCAAUUACGGGCAUCAGAAUGCCGUCUUGUUGUAUUUAGUGAAAAGGACACUAGACUUUUAUAUGACUCGGCAACUGUUGUAGCUUUGGCUGAUCGUUUUGUAUUUGGAUCACAUUUGUCUCAGUGUGGACGUUUUCAGUUCCUCCCACAUAAAUACGACACAUUGAAAAUUGCCAAAAUGCUUUUUGGUACAAUGCCGGCUGCUUUGAAGUCUGAUUCUCUCAAAAUACAUACACUCAAAGACUCAAAUUCAGUAAUGAUUUCAAGAGUGUUUUCUGUACCUAAACUUGGCAAGUAUUCUUCUACUCCGUUUAAAACUAUUGAUAUUUACAAAUGUAUGGUUGGAAGUUUAAGCUCAGAUUCAGACAAUCAAUCGAAUUAUUCAACAAUUCGUUCACUUGAUGGUAUAGCUAAUGCUUCAACGACAGUUUCUACUUCAGCAGCUCAGCCAAAAGACGAAGUUGAUUUUUUAAAUGGUGGCAAUACUUCUUCCUCAACUUCUUCCAAAACUUGUACAAAAUUCCCCGUAUUUAUUUCUUCAUCUAAAAGUCCACCAACUUCAACUAACAACCAUACGGAUCCACCAGAAAAUUUUGUUAGAGUUAGAAAUUCUUCUCUUCAAAUGGAAACGGCUGAUGUUGAUGACAUAAUGGAAGAAUUACGUGCCUUCUCACCUAACAGACUUUCACGUGCAAGGAGGUGUCAACUUUCACAAAUUGGAUUGGAUGAAUCCCUUUCUCUUCGUUUAACAAAUCGUAGCCGUUUAAGUAGUUGUUCGUCUAUUGCAGAUGUUUGUGGGGGUGGAAUAUUUAAUGAUGCAUUUACUGAAUGGCAACAAUAUGGAUUUGCUAUUUUAUUACCUGUUGAUUUUCGUUCGUUUGUCUUCCAACACAUUCUUCAAAUUGAACAAGAGCUCGAUAAACUUGCAAUACAUAUCCAUAAAGCAGUCCAGGACAAAACACAAUUCUUUCAAUCUAUUUAUGAGGGUUGGACAUCAACAUGUCAAUCACUUUGUUUGUUGUGUAACUCUUUAAGACUUAAAAAUCCAGUAUGGCAAAGUUUGGCAUCAGCACAAUAUGCGAGUGUUGGAAUGCACAAAAUUGCUUCAAAAUUUUGUUCUCAAUUGGCACAAUUAAUUUGUGAAUUUAAUACAAAGGAAACUAAAUUUUUCCUUUCAACAUUAUUAUCUGCUGUUUUAAUGAAUCAAUUGACUUGGGUUGCUAGUGUUGCACCACCAGAAAAUUAUUGUGGUUCAAAUAAUAAUUAUGAUGGAGGGGAUGAUUAUUCUCUUUUAUUGGGAAUGAAUUCUUCAUUUACUCAUCAAAAUAACGGCAACAACAAAAUUAAUUAUUAUAACCCAACGGUUGCACAACUUUUGGAACUUUAUUACGGUGUUGGAACAACAGAUUCUGUUUUGUCUGUUUCUGGGCCUGAAGGAAGUGGAGGGAAAGAUUUACACAACUCUUCAACUACAGCAACAAAUAAUUUUUGUAAUAACAGCCAAUUUACAAAAAUUGUUGUUGUUGGGGAUAAACCAGAAAAGAUUGCUUUAUUGUUACGUGUACUUUCCUAUUUUGUUCGUUGUUCUUCUGUGGAGAGUAAAAGGAGUUAUGAAUUGUUGGCAGAAUGUGGAACUUUCAAAUUUAAUGGAGAACCACCAGAAUUACAUGAUUUUGGACGUACUUUAAUGGCAGGUGUUUGUAAUGCUUAUUCUCCACAUUUUGUUCUUUCUGGUAUACAAGUUCAAUCUCCUUCACAUCAACAACAACAAAAAUUGACAUCAAAAUCAUCCUUUUCAAAAAUUAUAACAAAAACAAUGUCAACAUCACCACCAUCCACCCAUCCACAAUUUACCAAUUUAUUAUCAAUAGAUUCAAUAUUUAAUACAAUUUGUGAAGAUGUUAGGCAUCCAAUGGGGGAACCUUGUUUAAAUAGCCAAAUUUCUGCUUUGUUGAAUAAUUCAAGUUCUUCAAAUGGAAGUGGUUGUUUAUCAUCACCUAUAACAACAACAAAUACAACAACGGCUAAUACAACACAAACAACAAAUUCGUUAUGUAUAGACCAUUCUAAUUUGUUGUUGAUGUCUAAAAAUGUUGUUGUUGAAAAUUGUGGGGGUGGAAUUGAAGCAAGAAAAUUUUCUAUUGGACAACUUGGUAAGGGUAUAAGUGGAGGUGGAAGUGUUAAUGGUGUUUCUCCGUCUUGUGUUCCGGCUGCUGCUAAAGCAACUACAAGUCCAAAGAAGCACAAUAAUGUGAAUGCUAGUAAUAAUUGUUGUUCAACAACACCUAUAAUGACAAAAAGUUCUUCUUUGGUUAUAUUUAUUGAUAUGUGCAAUUUAGACGUUCGGAUUAUUACCUCUGACAAAUGUCAAGUUGAUGAUACUCGUUUUGUUUGUCCUUCUGAUGCUGUUACUUCAAUGCUUGAAGAAUUUGCUGAAUUAUAUCAGUAUAAAUGUGCUCCAGACUUUCUUUUAUCAUUCCUUGAAGACCAUUUGGUAUCUCUUCUUGAUAAAUCUAAUGUUCUCGUUAAUUUGGUUAAAACUACUGGUAAAUAUUUGAUUUAAUUUUUUAAAAUAAUUUUUUGAAGAUAAAAAUUUUUUGGGGUUGGGGUUUCAAUAAUUUUUCUGAAAUUUGAUCCUAAUAUCCGUAACUUUUUAUUUAUCUGCAAAUUUAUUUUUUAGAUUUUUGGGUUAAGAUUUGGGGAAUUAAAAAAAUCUAUUUUAUAUUAGACGGCUUGCUGAUUGCUGAACACCAAGGGCGUAGCCAGGGGGUCGAUUUUUUUU